AUGAUCUCAUGGUUCGUAGGUUCAAGCCCCGUGUUGGCAUCCCUCAGCGAGAUCUACCUCAGCGACAAGCUUUUACAGAGCUGUCCAGAGGCACCUGCCCCAGGUUCUAGCAGAGGAGAUCAAAGACCAGUCGUCCUCUACUGGGGAAGGUCGUCCUCUAAGACCGAGAGCAUAGCUUUGGGAAGGACGCACAUGGAGCAAGAAUUGCUGACCUUGGCUUCCCAUCCCCCUCUGGGCUGCCGAGGGCCGCUGGUCACCCAGCACAUCCGUGAUCACCCGCAGGGCCCAGCCUCCAGGAGACCCAACUCUGUCCAGAAAGACCUUUGUCUCUGCUCAAUGGCAGCGAUGUCAGCCCUGGCAGGACUCCAGGCCCAAGCCAACUGCCCCGUCUGUCUGGAUUACCUGAGAGACCCCGUCACCACCGAAUGCGGGCACAACUUCUGUCGCUGCUGCAUCCAACAGUCCUGGGCUGACCGAAGCGACAGCUUCCCUUGCCCCGUCUGCCGCCACUCAUGCCUAUAGAGGCACUUGAGGAGCAAUUUUCAGCUGGGAAGGAUGGUUGACAUCGCCCAGCGCCUCCACAUCACCAGGAGCAAGAGGAAGAGGCAGGACGAGAGGCAUCUGUGUGAGAAGCACAAGCAGGUCCUGACCCUCUUCUGUGAGGACGACCUUCAGGUGUUGUGUCCCAUGUGCAUGCGGCCCCCUGACCACCAGGGCCACUGCGUGAGGCCCGCGGAGGAGGCCGCCUCUCACCACAGGCAGAGGCUCAGUGGUUACAUCGAGCCCCUGGAGAAGCAAGUGGCCAACGUGGAGAAACUAGUAGCCACCCAGGAGAGAAAGCUUAUCGAGCUGAGAGAGCAAGUGCAAUGCCAGAAACAGAAAUUAGCAUCUGAGUUUAAGUACCUGAACCAGUUUGUGGACCGAGAACAAGAGGCAGUUCUGUCAAGGCUAGCUGAGGAAGAGAAGGACAUUCAGCAGAUGCUCUGUGCAAACAUCACCGAAUUUUCAGACCAUGUUUCCACCCUCCAGGAUCUACUGAAAGAGGUGGCCGAGAGGAGCGUGAUGUCAGAGGUGAAGCUGCUGACAGACAUCCGGAGUAUCCAUGACAGGUGUGAGUGCCCAAAGCCCCCAGAUCUCUACUCUUUCCAGUUAAGGAGAGAAGGCUGCAGUCUCCCUCCACAGUACUUGGUCUUGCAGAAGAUCAUACAGAGGUUCCAACGAGAAGUUACUCUGGACCCUGAAACAGCGCAUCCUCAUCUGCUUGUCUCUGAAGAUAAAAAGUCUGUGACAUUUGUGAGGAAAAAACCAAGCGUCCCUCGGAAUCCAGAGAGAUUUAUGAUGGAUCCCAUCAUCCUGGGUUCUGAGGGGUUCGAUGGUGGCCGACAUUACUGGGAGGUGCAGCUGGAUGACAAGAGUGAGUGGGCCGUGGGGGUCUGUGAGGACCUCCUUUCCUGGAAGGGAAAGUGGCCCCUGUCAGCACAGAGCAGACGCUGGACAAUUCAGCUGCAGAACGGUGGCUAUGUGGCACAAGCGGCUGUUCCUGUCACUCUUGUGCUGAAGGAAAAGCCCAGAGGGGUGGGCAUUUAUCUGGACUAUGAGUUGGGGAAGAUUUCCUUUUACUGUUUGAAUGACAGGUCUCACAUCCAUUCAUUCACGGAUGCAUUUUCUGAAGUACUAAAGCCUUACUUCUGCAUGGGGCAGGACCGUAAACCUCUUACGAUCUGUGCAGUAAGGGAUCUUGAAGGAUGA